GUUGCUGUUAGCGCUGCCAUCGCAUUGCUGGCGUUUCUUUUGGGGGGUCCACGGCAGCGAAGCAGCAGCGCGCGUCGACCGACAAGCAGCAAGCGGGCACAGGCGGUCUGCGAGUUGGCAGCGCUGCUCAGUCUUUUGACGGCGCUCUGCCUGUUCGUACGACUCGCACGGACGACUCUUGAAGCCACCGCUGAACUGUGAAUACAUUUGGAACUCGCAUGUGAACCGAUUACCAUCUUGGCGUAGCGAGCUCAAAAUUAAACAGAUAAUUGCAUAAGUAGCAUAAUUAAAUAUUUUGAUGAACUGCAAGUUGGGGCAAUUGCCUGUGUUUGUGUGUGAUGAAGUAGUGACUAGUGCAACAUAUUGGCGACAAUUUGAAUUUUUGAGCCAUACCGCGCGACCGUUAGAUCUGUUUUGGCUUUGCAAGUAAAGUUUAAGCGUGUGUUUGUGUGUGUGUUUGAGCAGCGCCUAGUUUUGCAUAUCGACACCGUUAUAUUAACUGCGAGUACACUCAAAAAAGCGUGCAUUAAAUAUUAAUAGCUCCAAACAACAACAACAAUAACAUUAACGAUCACACGUUGCACGCCAAUAAACAGCCACUUAUCGCCAACUUUUGCUACCAAUUUGAACUAACAACAAUUUAGCAAUCAACAAAAAAAAAACACAGAAACAAAAACACAACAAUCGCUGCAACAAUAAGCAACAACACCAACACCGUUACGUUGCGAUCACAGCAAUCGCCGUGAUUAAUUGCAUGUGGCAGUUGAAAGUGAUUGAUAAAUUGCAGCAAUGCGAUAGCCGUGUUGUUGCCGCUGCCAUACUUGCCACUAAUAACGCUAUCGCUGCCUGAGAUGUUGCCGUGGAGGCGCACAGGUAGCCAACAGCAAUGCGUUUCGCCAAAAAUAGAAGGCAACGAAUUUUUUUAAAACGAAGAAAUUAAUAAAUUUAAUUUGUGUGCAUGUGGCGGAAAAUUUAAUAUACAAAAACACCAACAACAAACAGCAAGAAAAAUUAUUAAAAACAAAUCGCAAAGUGAACAACACACAAAUGUGAGUAACAGUAUUUAUUUGGUGCACCAACGCAUUUUUGGAGCCGAGAAAGUGACCGCAUUUUAAUGAGACAAGCAGCGUCGCAGUCGGCACAGUGAACAAGCAAGGAUAAAAGAAAUGCCAAAAGUUGCAAAGUGAAAUUUUUUUAAACAAACAGUGUGUGCUAAUUAGCGCUGUGCAUAAUAUAAUACAAUUUUCGAAAACAAAAACAACAAAGUGUGUGGAAAAGCUAUUGCGGUAAAACUUGAAAUAAACAAUUUUAGUCGAGUCAUGGUGAACUAAUGCAAAAACAACAAGCAUACUAAAAAAUAAAAAAUAAUAAUUUAAUUAUAUUUAUAUUAAAGUAAUUGUACUAUAGAAAUCUUUUCAACAUAAUCUUAAACUAAUUGAAAUAAAAGCUGCGAAAACUAAACUCUGUUGAAGAUUUUGUGCUGAAAAAUAUGCAAAGAAUGCCGAAAAUCACAAAUUUGACUAAAAAUAUCGCAUUGAGUUAGUCCCAGCAGGCACAAGCAAUAAAAACACAUAAGGCAAGGGAAGAAUUAUUGGCGCUGCAGUUUGCUGUUAAAAUAACCGGUAAAAGUCAACCACUUUGUUAGGAAAAGCUGGACGAAAUUCAAGUCUUUCCAAAAUGCUUUAUUGACAUGGCGGAGGGCUGUGAGGAAACAGAGAACCAGCCAAGCAACCGUAAAGCCGAUAACGCGCCGACCAUGCUCGGCACUGUCCUGCCAUGCGAAGCCGCGAUUACAGCCGCCUCACUCGGUAGUACCACUAACGCCGGUGGCGGUAUUGUCAUUAAACGCGAACCGACAAUUAACUCUAGCGCCUUUGUGGACGCCAGCGUACAUCAUUUGAGCGGCAGCAUUUCGGCUACAGUCAGUCUAACAACAAACGGUACGCCCAGCCCCGGUGGUACACCACCGCCGUCCACAACACCAAUUGUCACACAUUUAUUAUCUAUCUCACCAAACGGUUGUCGACCGAUAACACCAGCGUUACAACAACAACAACGCACGCCCACACCCAUAACGGGCAUACGCGGAACAGGUUCAACUGCGACAACAGCGGGCGCGGCCUGUUCCUCCUCAUCGUCGUCGUCAUCAUCUUCAUCUUCCAAUUCAUCUAUGACUUCAUCCACUUCGUCCUCAUCAUCGACGGCCUCGUCUUCGACGACAGCGGCCGUCGCGCCCAACUCGAAUGCCAACAAAUCGCCUUGCAGCAUAGCGGGUUCACCGUAUUCCACAUCGGCGGUCGCAUCUUCGGUGCGUGGCGGUAUAUCGCCAACAUCGCCGCCACUUUCGUCUGUGGCACCCGGCACACCCAUUGGGUUGGAGGCUAGCAACGGUAGCUGUGCUUCGACAGCUGCUAACGGUAUCGUGGUGACUAGUAGUGGGUUGACGGCAGCGCCAUCUGCGGCGGCGCCGUUGACAACAUCAGAUACGUUAGUGAAUGCCAUGUCGCCGAUCACAGCAGCGCAACAGCAACACCAACGUACACCUUCACCAAAUGCUGAACCGACGUCGUUGCUGCCACAUGUGGCAUUGCACAUCAAAACUGAAUCGGACUAUGAAAAGGACAUCACCAGCCACAAGCUUAACUCACCGAUUAGCAAUCAUAGUCUGCAUGAGCUGCACAAUCAGAACUCUUACGAGAAGGAUCACGUCAAAGAGCUGGAAUUUUAUCAAAGCUUAGCCAAGGCAGCGUCGCUGGCAAAUCACAAUGACGCACAUACACGCCAUUCGCCUGAAUCACAUGAGAUGUCACCGCCCGCUUCGCCGCAACCGAUGCAAAUUGACACCGAUGUGGGCGAAGAUUGUGACGCGCGCGAUCAACUCCAUCCCUUGUCCGACGCGGAGGAUCACGAACAGCAAGCGAAGGCAUCCGCUUCGGCUUUAGCGGUGGCAGCAGCGGCAGCGCAAGCGCACCUUAACGGAACUAUGCAAGACAUGAUAAAUUUACAAAAAUUACAAAAUUUAGCCACGCUACAGCAGCAGCAACAACAACAACAACAGCAGCAACAUCAUCACCUACAACAUUCCACCGGCGGCAAUGGCAUACACCAGCAUCAGCAUCAGCAUCACCACCACCACACACAGCUUCCGCACUUGCAUACGCCACCUGGCGGCUCUGCCACACCGGUGAGCGUGGCACAGAGUGUCACACCGGCGACAGCAGCAGCAUUAGCAAGUCUUCAGGGAUUAGCGGCUGGUAUCAGCGCCUCAGCAGCAGCGGCGGCAGCGCUCAACUCACCACUCAAUUUGACUGUGGGCGCAGGUGCUGGUGGCAACGGUGGCAUUAGUGCUUGUUUGCCACCAAUUGUUGCCACUGGCCCACACAGUGCACCCUGCUCCCCCAACACGCUGUCCGCCUCGAAUAUGUUGGCUGCAGCAGCAGCCGCCGCCGCGGCUUCCAACAAUAAUAAUAAUAAAGUCAUGUCACAUGCUGGCGGCUGCGGUAGUGGUCAGGAUAAUGUCGGCAGUACAUCGCCCAACUCGAGUUCGGUGCAGGCCCAGACGAUGGCUCAAAACACUUUGGCAAAUGUGUUGAAUUCAGCAGCGGCUGCCGCGGCGGCUGCAGCAGCAGCUGGUGCAGCUGCCACCGCCUCACCUCCGCCCGCGAUGCCGACACCAGCGACAAGCGCCCAAAUGCCGCAACUGAUACUCGCAUCCGGGCAACUGGUGCAGGGCGUGCAAGGGGCGCAGCUGCUCAUUCCAACGGCACAGGGCAUAGCCGUGCAGACCAUUCUGACCAUACCAGUGAGUCCGCAAAUCAACACCAACGAGCAAUUCUUGCAGAACUUCGGCGCUUUUGCAUCAUUCCAACAACAGCAGCAGCAACAACAAGCACUCUUGCCACCACCUUUACCACCAGCGCUCGCUGCAUUGCAACACGCUUCAACGCUGCCUCAGCUCGCGCAAACACAGACGAAUUUACUUAAACCCAACCUGUUCUCGAGCAGCGUGCAACAGCUGUUAGCCGCCUUGCAUCCGGAAUUAUUUGCUGCGGCCGCCGCUAAUCAUCACCUGCACGCCUCGUCGCAAGCAUCACAUCAUGCCAUGCACCACGCGCAGCAACAACGCAGUGACCAACAAUCGGCAGCGCCACCGCCACAUCUUGCCCAUCUGCCACCUCCGCCGCACCAUCACCUCGCGGCACAUUCGCACACGCUAUCGGGCGAUUUGCAUUUAGCUGCCGCAGCAGCAGCGGCAGCAGCGCGAAACAGUGAAAGUGGGCAUUCUCCACCCAGUUCACCCCCGCCGCACAGCAUCAGCGGCGGAGCAGAGCGAACGGUCAAUAGUGGUUCGUCGUCAAGUACAAAAGCCGCCGCGGCGGCAGCAGCUGCUGCAGCUGCUUUUCAUCUUCAACAGCAAUUGCACAUAAAGCAAGAAACAUCUCCGCGUCAUCAUCAUCAUCAUGCGUUGCACUCACAUACACACCAUAGCGGCUCACAUCACCACUCACUUCGACACACCGUGGAUGAGCUCGCCUCACCAAACCGGGAAAUUGGAAAGUCGGCAAACCCAAGUUCAUCGGUUACAUCGAUGCAUAUGCCACCGGAAGUGAGCACAUCUCCACCACCUGGACUUAGUUCACACCAUCAUCACUUUCAUCACCGCAGCAAUGUGUUGGGAAGUGGUCACCAGACGAGCUCGACACCAUCGCCGCGUCCAAACUCGUCCACUUCGACGUGUACAAUGACGUUGCGGGACCGUGAUAGGGAUAGGGAGAGAGAGAGGGAAAGAGACCGUGACCGUGAACGGGAUAGGGAGAGAGAGCGGGAGCGUGAACGCGCUGAACGCACAGAAACUCAUCAUAAACGCAGUCCUACACGUGGCAGCGGCUCUCUAAACAACGGGCCCAAUGCUAUUGCGUGCAGUGGCAUGAACCUCAGCCAUCAUUCUAAUAAACGUGAAAGGGAACGUGAACGAGAGCAUUUGAGACGUUCAUCUUCACCUACACUCGGCUCAGGAUGCAACUCAACACAAUUGCCGGUGAGCGGUCGCAACUCCUCCUCCGUUACAAGUUCGUUGUGCGCUUCCAAUACCAACUCAUCCUCAAUCAAUGCAUCAGCGUCAGCAACAUCCGCCUCAGUAUCCGCAACUGGCAAUCAACAUCACCAACAUGGACAUCUUUCACAUCAACAUCACCAAAGCCAUCAUCAGGCACACCACAGUCUACACCAUCAUCCGCAUACUCUGUCGUCAGGCGUCACAACAAGUUCGGCUUCCGUCUCAUCGGCCGGCGGCGUAUUGUCGUCUUCAACAUCAACGACAUCCAACGAAAGAGGCUAUUCAUCUCCUUUGCGCGGCACAGCUGGCCAAUUGUUCCGUACCCACUCACCGUCACCAUCGUCGUCCGCAGCGGUAGCAGCCAUCACGCACUUGCAUCAUCAUCAACAUCAACAACAACAGCAGCAACAACAGCACGGUCAACAUGCACACAAUAUGAGCUCACCGCAUGAGCGUGAUUUUCUAGGAAAUGGCGGCGGAAUGAGGGCAUCUCCACUGGGUAUUGGCGUUAGUGGCGGCGGUGCAUCGGUUGGCAUGGGCAGUGGACAAUCUUCAGCGGCCAGCAUGCUCAACAGCAUUAAUAGACUUUCUGCCUCGGCAAAUGGUGAAUUGACCAUCACAAAGUCGCUAGGUCCGCCAUCAGCGACCGCGAUACGUGCAUCGUCUGCCUCGCCCACCUCGCCGGGCCUCGGUUCGUCGUCGCUUGGCAUAAACACCUCAUCUGCCUCACAUUUGGUGCAUCAUCCGCACCAUGGCAUGCACUCGAUGAAACUCAGCCCGACAACCAGUUCGUCGCUGCAACGUGAACGCGAGCGCGAACGUGAGCGGGAAAGAGAGCGAGAGCGAGACCGAGAAAGAGAACGUGAACGUGAUCGCAUUAUUGGCAGUGGCCAUGGAGAACCGACUUCACAACUCUCUCCCAACGGCACCGACGGUUCGAGCGGAGCGCACGAUCUACUAAUGGAUUCACCGAAUGAGCCCACCAUCAAUCAGGCGACCACCAAUGUGGUUGAGGGCAUCGAUUUGGAUGAGAUUAAAGAAUUUGCCAAAGCUUUCAAGUUGCGACGUCUCUCGCUGGGUCUCACGCAAACGCAAGUGGGACAGGCGUUAUCGGUGACCGAGGGACCAGCCUACAGUCAGAGCGCCAUUUGCAGUGCACUCGCCGCACAGAUGUACGCCGCCCAAUUGUCGUCGCAGCAACAGAACAUGUUUGAGAAGUUGGACAUAACGCCAAAGAGCGCGCAGAAAAUCAAGCCAGUCUUAGAGCGCUGGAUGAAAGAGGCCGAAGAGAGUCACUGGAAUCGCUAUAAAUCUGGCCAGAACCACCUAACCGACUAUAUAGGCGUGGAGCCGUCAAAGAAGCGCAAGCGACGCACCUCGUUUACGCCACAAGCUCUGGAGCUGCUUAACGCCCACUUCGAGCGCAACACACAUCCAUCGGGCACCGAAAUCACCGGCUUGGCGCACCAAUUAGGCUAUGAGCGCGAGGUGAUACGCAUCUGGUUUUGCAACAAGCGACAGGCUCUAAAGAACACCGUGCGCAUGAUGUCCAAAGGCAUGGUGUAGGAUGACGCGCACUUCGAACACUUUCAACGUACAUUUUAAAGGUGCGCAAAUGCAAAGGCGAAAACCUAAAAUGUUUAGAGAAGCCGCGCCGUUGCAAUGUCUCACUUGAAAACUUAUUUACUGCGCAAACAAAAAUCGCCUGGCACAACACUGCUAUCCAAACUGUAAAUUAAUUUAGCAUUUAAUCCAAUUUGCCUCAGCAGCAACAAGUAAUCAUUAGUUAUGCAUUAAAUAUAUAAUUUUGUAAAAUAUUUACAUAACUUAAGCACGGCAACACACAAUACUCUAAUGGCUAGCUAUUGAUUUCUACUAAACUAAUGCAACAACACGUGCUAACAGUGUAAAGACAAGACUCUUUUAGUUCCAAAAAGACAUAGAUGCCUAUGUGCAUACUGUACAGCACAUUUUUAUAGCUACAAAGACAUAUUUGAACUAAAAAAAAGUAAAUUAAGUAAGAAUAAAGUAUAGUGUUCCACACUUUCCUCCUACGAAAUCGCCACAGUAUGUAAUGAAAGUAUAGAUACCGAGAGUGGUAUUGUGUAUUUCAGAAUAUAUUUGUAUACGAAAUGUGAAAGAAAAUAUAAUAAAGUGAAUCACAAAUGAAACGACACACUCGGUAUAACUGUAAAUAUGUUAGUCGGUGCAUAAAAUACAAUAACAACACAAGCGCAGUUUAUGUUCGCUAAGACAGCGGCGUGUAUUUGCCGAGUAUACGAAAAUGCAGCUAAUUUUAAAACGCUCCUACUCAAUAUACAACGUUCGUUUAGCGUAUGUGUGCUGCACUUGUGCGCGAAUAAUUGCGAAAAAUUUAUUAAAUCAGAAAAUAAUAAAUUAAAUUAAAUCAACUAGGCCAUGGCAUUGUAAAUGAUGUGUCAUAUAUGUAUGUGUAUGUUUAAAACAGUUUAUACCAUAAUAUUUAUGUUUGUUUGUAUGCAUUAUUAAGCAGUAAAAUAAAAGUAAAUUAAGCAUAAAUAAAUAUUAGCAAACAAUUAAAUUAUAGUCCAACUAAACAUUGUAUACGAAUAGCAAACUAAAAGCAAGGUAAAAUACUAAGAUGUAUGUAAGUGACGCUGCUAAGCUGUUAAGUGUGUACCAUAUAUUAUAGCUGCAAUAAACAGUAUAACUUUGUUAAUUCACCAAGCAUUUUCGUUAAAAGUUGAAUUGUUGAACUCUCUUUAUAAUUUAAACUUUACGUUUUAGUCGGUUAAAAUAUGUUUUCUAAUUAUGUUAGACAUUUUUCAACUAUUAAUUUUUAUUUACAGUGUAGCUUGCGUUAGUAAGUACAUUUUAUAACGGUUAUUUCUUACUUUAAACUGUUUUCGUUUUUCUAUUAUUUUUAUAUUUGAUUAUAUUUUUCAACGCAAAAUCUGUUAUUUAUACAAAUAUGACAUUUAUUAAAUGAAUUCGCUUAAUUUUCAAUUAUUUUUAAUGAUAUAACAAUUUAAAACAAUUUAUAAAAUAUUUAUUUCCACUAGCAAUAUUAAAUAAGACAGCGCAUAACAAUAAGUGUUUCAAAAGUUUAUGAGUAAUCAACAUAAAUGACAUAACAUAGCUGUAACCUACUAACAGAAAUGCUAUCCACAUAAAGUACCGUAUUAACAGAGCAUGUUAAUGAAUAUUUAUUAACAUUCUCUGCUAUUAAUUAUGUAAUUUUAUUGAGAAAUAAUAAUAUAACGGUUUAAAGUUAAAGCAAAGCGUACUAUUUAGCAGUAAGUGACGAGCGCGUGGCAUUAGCGUUAGCGAUAUACUUGUAAUUUAGACAAACGAAAAAUGAUAAUAAGACAAAAAUUAACAUAAAUAUGUUUAAUGUAAUUAAGCUUAAGUAAGUAGUUAUGUUACGCUGUGCAUAGCUGCAUGAAAUAAAAUGAAGACCCCAAACUGUACUAACAUUAAAUUAACUAAAUAAUGAAGUAAUGAAAUACGUGUGUAUGCGUGAACUUAUUUAAAUGGAUUGUAAUAAAAAACCAAAAUCAAGAACAUAAACGGAAAA